CACCCGGCUCCUUCGCCCUCUUGCACCUCCAUGUUCAGUGUAGCAACAUUAGCACCUAGCUGGUCAAAGAGCGAAUCCACCCUUGUUAGAUUAUAUUCAUAUGUGAAGUCACACGUGAAAUAUUUUGUUAUUUGUUUUCAACGGUUUUAUUAAAGUAUUAUUUCAUAACCGCUGUUCGCUUGUUGUAUUCUCGGCUUUUCAUAUCUUUUAUGUUUUACCUUUUCGUGUUUUGCGGGCUCGAGCUGAACGUUAGCUAACAGCUGAUACGAGGCGAAACGGGAACAGUCAUUCAAUAACAUUAGCUGCUCACCUGUUGACGGUAUGCAGUGAUACUUUUCAGUUGAGUGUGCAUGUGGCAAAUUUGAAAAAGAUUUAACAAACAAACAAACACUUAAACUCGCUGCCGUGCCAUCAGUCGGAUCACCCUAGGCCCCAGGGAUGGCUGCUCCUGGGGCAGCAGCCGGGUCAAGUACCUCUAGGAAGACGGGUGUCUACGGUGAUAUGUAUCGAAACAAGGAGUCCACAGUUCCUGCAGCUGAGCCCUGGGACUUGUAUUUCUACUGGCAGUGGUUUGUUCCAUUGAGUUAGACAGGAUGACAGCAUUUAAUCAGGUCACGAAAGAUACUCAAAGUGUGCCCCCUCCUGAGACCUCAGCACAAGAGGAGGCCCAAUCAACAGACGUGAAAAUGCAGACAGGAGGAAGUUCACUGAGGAGACUGUCAUUGUAUAUUGGAAAUUUCCCCUGGUGGACAUCUGACCAGGACAUCAUAAACAUGGCCCAAAAUUUGGGUGUGAGUGACAUCAAAGACAUCAAAUUUGCUGAGAACAGAAUUAAUGGCCAGUCAAGAGGAUAUGCUGAAUUGGUGGUGACAUCAGAGGAGUCAUUCAAAAUAUUGUUGGAAAGCAUUCCUAAAUGUAAACUGAAUGGGGCAAGGCUCGAAUGUCGCCUCGCCACUAGACAGAACCUCAAUUUGUUUGAGGACAUAGCGAAUAAACGUAUACCCAUUCGUCUGAAUUCCAAAGAUCCCAAGGACUCUGAUUCUUCAGAAAAUAUUCCCUCAUUAUUGUCACAGGAGCCCAUCCAUCCCCCUCUACCUCCACUUUUUCCACCACAUUCACUUGCUAACCAGUUUCCCCCUUUACCCAGCCCUUUCCUCUGUCAUCCACCUCCUCCCUUCCCACAUAUGCCUCCAAACAUGCCACCACCCAUGCCACCGCCUUUAUUCCCUCCUCCUCAUCCCGUACAUGUUCAUAGCCAUCCAUCUCCUAGUCUACAUAUAAAUCCAGCAUUCUUCACCUCGGGACAAGACGGGCACAGUAGCAAAGCUUACAGCCAACAAAAACACACACCUCAGAGUACAGAUGGAGAUUUUGAAGAGCUAAUGAACAGAAACCGAGCUGUUUCCAGCAGUGCCAUCUCCAAGGCUGUGUCUGGAGCAGCAGCUGGAGACUUGCGGGUGGCUAUGGAGACUCUGUUAACUGCCAUUGCCAUCAUUAAGCAGUCCAGAGUGUAUGCAGAUGAUCGCUGUCAAGCCCUGGUCACCUCACUCAAAGAUUGUCUUGUCUCUAUCCAGGGCAACUAUGGCUACAGGGGCAGGAGUCGUUCCGGGGACAAAGAAAGAGACCGCGACAGGGGUCGUGGCAGGGAGCGAGAGCGUGAUCGAGAACGUGAUCGAGAACGGGACCAAGACGAUUCCUCUGGCUGGGAGGGUGCAGGAAUGUCCCGAAGACACAGAGAACGUUCCUGGAGUGGAGGAAGGGACAAGGAGCGAACGCGGGAACAGGAACGGGAAAGGCACAGAGACCACAGAGACCACAGAGAUCACAGAGACCGAUACCGCUGACUUGACAGGUCAAGUCUCAGUGUGAAACAGAGAAAAGACAGGACUUUUUGUUACUACAUCAAGCUGUAUUAUAAUCUGGAGGACUCCCAAGGUGAGACUGAAGAUGCAUCUCCAAGAAAUGAUGUACUUUGUGUUCUUCAGUCAUCUGUACACACUAGGACUUUUUCCAGUUUUAAGAAAAAAUUUUGGUAGGUUUAGGGUUAAGUAGAUUUGUUGCUGGGACAUCAGUCCAACGCUUGCAUGCACAGGAACACCCCUUAAUAAUUUAUGUUAUACUGAUAAUGUUUUCAUCAGUUUCUUUUGUAUGAAAUCUACAAAUUAAAGAACAUUCCCUGAAAAUCUAA